GCCCCCUCCCAUCGGCUAUCACCCCUCCCAUGCCCCACGCCUCCAGUUUGUUAAAUUAAUGCAGUAAGAAAGUCUGAAGAUCUGAAGGAGUCUUGACCAAGGGAAGAUGGGCGAGCUCAGAAAACCGAGAUGCAUCUGAGGCGUUGGGCUCCUGAGCCCCACGGGGUAGCCAUGGACACCAGUAGCCCCUGAAACUUGCCCUGGGCUCUCUGACGCCUGCGGCCCCGAGCAAUGGGACACCUUUUCUGCAGUGAUCAUAACUUAUUCGGCGGGGACCAGGAAACAGGAAUCUCAAGGCGAGAGCAGACCAGCGCCGAGGCAGGGGAACGAGAUUCCAAGACUGGAUUGCGAUGCGCCAGCCUGGCACACUCUCCGAGAUUUAACUGAAGGCAGCGCCGUCAACAGCUUUCCCCUCGCCCCUAACAGCCUUAGGCCGGCCCAGAGCCAUAAGCUCUGUUCUCUUUACCCAAGAUGCUCGCCCAAUCCAACGGUCCGAGACCAGCGCUCUGAUCUCCACGGAAGAUUUUUUUCCUUGCAUGGAGCUGGCCGUUUAAACAGAAAAACAGCGGUAAAAAAAAAAAAAAAAAAAAAGGAAAUAUACCCACCCCCAAACGUGCCUCCCCAGCGCCGCAGGGAGCCAACAGACACGCUGGAGUUUAACAAACAGCAAUACUCUUCGCGCUCCUGAAAAGCAGGGCUGGACGCUCUCCGUGGUGCUGAAACGCUUCGCAGCCGCCGCUGUCCGUGGUAUCUACAGCCCCUCGCUCAUUUCCCCUGGGCUCUCCCCCCGCGCCCCUGUUCCCCGCCUCCCCUUAACAUCUGGAUUAUUUUUUUCAAUAGCGCUUUCUGGUUUUGUAAGUGCCAAUUUGAAACAUUUUUGCCCCCAUAACUCGUGGACUACAAAGCACAAGGACCUGAAAAAUGUACAGCUUCAAUACUCUUCGACUCUACCUUUGGGAGACCAUUGUAUUCUUCAGCCUUGCUGCUUCUAAGGAGGCUGAAGCUGCCCGCUCUGCACCCAAGCCUAUGUCACCCUCGGAUUUCCUGGAUAAGCUAAUGGGGAGAACCUCCGGAUAUGAUGCCAGGAUCAGGCCCAAUUUUAAAGGUCCCCCAGUGAAUGUGAGCUGCAACAUUUUCAUCAACAGCUUUGGUUCCAUUGCUGAGACAACCAUGGACUAUAGGGUCAACAUCUUCCUGCGGCAGCAGUGGAACGACCCCCGCCUGGCCUAUAAUGAAUACCCUGACGACUCUCUGGACCUGGACCCAUCCAUGCUGGACUCCAUCUGGAAACCUGACCUGUUCUUUGCCAACGAGAAGGGGGCGCACUUCCAUGAGAUCACCACAGACAACAAAUUGCUAAGGAUCUCCCGGAAUGGGAAUGUCCUCUACAGCAUCAGAAUCACCCUGACACUGGCCUGCCCUAUGGACUUGAAGAAUUUUCCUAUGGAUGUCCAGACAUGUAUCAUGCAACUGGAAAGCUUUGGAUAUACCAUGAAUGACCUCAUCUUUGAGUGGCAGGAACAGGGAGCCGUGCAGGUAGCAGAUGGACUAACUCUGCCCCAGUUUAUCUUGAAGGAAGAGAAGGACUUGAGAUACUGCACCAAGCAUUACAACACAGGUAAAUUCACCUGCAUUGAGGCCCGGUUCCACCUGGAGCGGCAGAUGGGUUACUACCUGAUUCAGAUGUAUAUUCCCAGCCUGCUCAUUGUCAUCCUGUCAUGGAUCUCCUUCUGGAUCAACAUGGAUGCUGCACCUGCUCGUGUGGGCCUAGGCAUCACCACUGUGCUCACCAUGACCACCCAGAGCUCUGGUUCUCGAGCAUCUCUACCCAAGGUGUCCUAUGUGAAAGCCAUUGACAUUUGGAUGGCAGUUUGCCUGCUCUUUGUGUUCUCAGCCCUACUAGAAUAUGCUGCCGUUAACUUUGUGUCUCGGCAACAUAAAGAGCUGCUCCGAUUCAGGAGGAAGCGGAGACAUCACAAGAGCCCCAUGUUGAAUCUAUUCCAGGAGGAUGAAGCUGGAGAAGGCCGCUUUAACUUCUCUGCCUAUGGGAUGGGCCCAGCAUGUCUGCAGGCCAAGGAUGGCAUCUCAGUCAAGGGCGCCAACAACAAUAACACCACCAACCCCGCUCCUGCACCGUCUAAGUCCCCAGAGGAGAUGCGAAAACUCUUCAUCCAGAGGGCCAAGAAGAUUGACAAAAUAUCCCGCAUUGGCUUCCCCAUGGCCUUCCUCAUUUUCAACAUGUUCUAUUGGAUCAUCUACAAGAUUGUCCGUAGAGAGGACGUCCACAACCAGUGAAGGGUCUGGAAGGUUGGGGGAGGCUAAGAGAGGGGAACGUGGGAAUAGCACAGGAAUCUGAGAGACUAAGGAAGAGAAGGGGAAUAGAGGGAGGGGGCAAACUUACACAACUCUCUCUAUAAUAUGUGCAAUAGCAAAAUGCAGUGAUGCAUGAAUUUUAAAAUGUGGCACUAUUUAACCUCGGGUGGGCUGUGGGUGGGGGGUCAGGAGGGACUUUUCUAAUAUAGUAACAGGGCUGGGAGGAAGGGUUGGGAAAUGGGGAAAUAACAGCUUUCAAAAAUCUCAGAUCACAGGCUGUGCAGUUUUCCUGUUUGGAAGGAGAGUGCAGUCUGCCCCAGAGCAGAAAGAAAGCAAUGUAAUAUAUGAUAUAUAUUCAUGCUUAAUAUUAAUGCAAAACCACAAGAACAAAAGAUUUGUUUCUUAACCUAUCAGCCUAGUAACUGCUUAAAUUUUUAAAGUCACAGAAGUAAUGGAAAAUUUUUCCCGGAGUGGAAACAGUCACAAAUAAGCUUGCUCUGGUGUAUAUCAUACCCCUCCAAAGGCCAUACCUGUCUUUAAACUGGCCCAGGCAGACACAUGCCAAAAAGCCAUUUUGCCUCUGCUUCCAGAGGACUGUGUGGUAUGGGAAUGGGUAGUGGAAAUGGGGAAAAGUGGAGGGAGGAGAAGGGCGUGACUAAAUAGAAGAACUUUUCAGAGGCCAAGGAUUGAGAAUAUAGGUGACCCCAGCUCAAUCCUCACAUCUCAAGGCUGAGGACCACAACUGCCGCUCUCUGAGCCCUCUUGCUUCUGUGCUUCAGAACCGCCCCACUCACCCUCCACUACCAUCGCAAAAUGGCCAAUGUGGUUUUCUCAUUAUAUUGCCAAUAUGCAAUCUUUUUUAUGGUUAAAAAAGUAAUAAUCUUGAAUAAUAAUAUGCAGAUAGACUGAGUGUAAACAGGUACUUUUUUCAAAUGUCUAUUUUUUCGGAGUCUCUUUGGAAUUGCCAGCGAGUGCAUGUCUGGGAAGGUGGGGUCAGUGGUAUAAAAUACAUUUCUUAUCUAGUGGUUCUAAAAAGUUUUAAGAGGUGAAAGGGCAGUGUUGAGUCUGCUGCAGAUUAGGUAUAAGGGUGGGGAGAGAUGGUAAUGUUUAGAAAACGUUAUAUUUUGACAUAUCAUAUAUCAUAAUGUGCAAAGUUUGCGGGGAUGACCCCGUUAUAUUUUUGUAAGUCUGUUUUUUUCCUUUUAGGUGCUUUGUUUAACAUUUAGGAAAGUUAGACAAAUAUUUCUCUAUCCUUUUAAUUCUGAAGUGCCAGAAUUGUCCUGGGACAGCUAGGGCACUCCGGAAAAAAAGAAGGACCAGGAGAUGAAUUUAGUUUGCAGGAUGGGGUGACAGAAAUGGGUAUCACAAAUGGGAGGUCUGCAAGGUGGAAGCAGCAGGCCUCUGUCCACUGUCAACAGCAGUAUGCCUGAAAUAAUGGCACCACUGUCUGCAGCAUUUUCCCUGCUUUGGCCCAUGGCUACAGUACUGGGGUUCCAUUUAUUUCUUUGCACUUUAGUGUCUGAACUUUGGAUCAAAGGUGUGGGUAGAAUGUUGAGAGACAGCUGACAAUCUGUGUGCAUUGAGGCCUGGGGUUUCACACGUGUCUUUAACAAAUCUCCAAUGUUAGGCAGGAUGGGGGAGGAGUGGUAAGCAGAGAAGGGACACUGGAAGCCUAACUUUUCCCUAAAGCACCUUCUCCUAGGGGAUUUUCUCCCAUUCCAGCAGCACAAUAACUAAUACAGGCCUAAAAUACCAGGUCAAGACAAAGAUUCUAGAGAUAUUUACAUAAAGGAAAUGCACUAUGCAGCCAAAAAAAGGAUUUGGCUUUGAGGCUUGAAUGGGUAAAGGUGUUUAAUCCCAGAUCCAAGGAAAAUAAAUUAAUGCCUUCCCUUCUUUUAGCCUGUGUAGACCCAAAAACCUAAACUGGAUUACAGCUUUGAACAAUAUGGGCUAGAACCUGCAAUCCUUUUUUCUAAGAAAUCUUGGGAGAUGGGAGCCAAGUGGGUAGGAGUCUCUCAUCUAAGACCAUCCUUUACCCCAUCAUAAACACGUGUCCAAAGGAGAAAAAUUAAAAAGGGGGACUUGAAUGACUACAGUUCAAGAUGAGAACAUCAGUCUUUGGACUGCUGUCAGCACCUUUUAUUAGCAUUAUAUUCUCAAGUGGUGCAUGAGUCUUUGGAGAGGCCCUUUCACUAGCACUUUAUUCACUUUAUUUAGGGAAAAUCAUUUUUUAAUUUAAAAAAAUUAAAGAAGCCCUUCUUCCUAUUUUACUCAUUACUGGACUAAAUUCAGAAUGUCUAAAGUCUUGGUGAAUCAGUCAACAAUCGUGCUAGACCUCCAGCAGAAACUAAAGACAAUGCCAUUGUUCUAAGACAUUCUGCCUCCACUCAAAUGGAUAAAUCUGCAGAUUCCAAACCUCCUUAUGUGCAGUGUCUGGAAUCCCUCUGAGCGAGAGAAAUCACUGGGCCAUUUGCCCAACCUCUGCUGGGUCCUUGAACUUCUGCCACCAUAUUCAGCUUGUGGCAGCUGCCAGGUUGACAGUAGCCAACAAACAAUUGAAUCAUCUCUUUGAGACACAGAGGGGGAAUGUCACUGAAAUCUUCUCUCAGACUAUUUCAAACUAGAGCCUCUUAUGGAAAAUCAACAUGAGUGGAGUCUUUAUAAAACGAAAAAAACCACCUGGAUUUUAGUCCUGCCACUAAUAGGCUGAGUGACCUUGGGCAAAUGACUAGUCUUUAGCUCCUCUAAAUACACAAUGUGAAGUCUCUAAACUCCCUCCUAACAGACUCAGGCGGCUCUAUGACUCUGUGUUUAAGGUAGUCUACAGGAAAUUCACACAACCAAGAAUUUAAUGUCUCUUUGAUUUCUAAACCCUCCAAGGUGGAUGUGUGGAUACGUAUGCAUGAACAUAUGGACCCACACAUUGUUGUCUUUCUUUGGAAAAUUUGCAGAUUUCUUUUUUCUUUGCCCCACAUUUGGUGAAUGGUGGUGAGGAAGGGACAUCAAUCAUUACAAAGUCAAAAAUGUCAUCAUGAAUUAGGAAUGGAAGCAUACUCAAGGAAAAGACAUUAUCAUCAAUGUAUAAUGUAGAAAGGAUUUAGCAAAUUACGUGUAUUUCAUCAUUAUAGAAAAAUCAAACCAGAUAAGCUAAGCCAAUUACUUUAAGUGGCUCCAAUGAACAGAGCAGUACUUUCUUAAUUUCCUCUUCAGUUUGAGUACAGGGGAUAUUGUGCUUUGAUAUUACAGAUGCCAAGUGGUAUGGUGGCCAAAAAACUGAUUUAGGUGCAAUGCAUGGUUUACCGGUUCUCAAACUCUUUGCUUAUCUAGACCACAGCAGUAUUUAUACAUGGUAUGAAAACUGGACACUGGCAUAGAGGAUUGGUGAUUUCACCCUCCAAAACUAGAGCUAAUCCUAGGAGCCAAACUAGUAGGUACCAAUUAAGCAGACAGAAUUUCUGCUUAAUUGUUUCUCACCAAUUAGUUUACAAUGUAUCUCAUUCAUUUCAAAAACAGUCCAAAUAAAUGGCUCAGCUUUGAUAUCCUCUAGUCCUUUCAAACAUUCUUGGCUAAUAACAUAGGGAAUGAGCAAGACCAGGCAUGAACAGAAAGGGGAAAAAUAUUUAUCUGUGUAUAUAUUGUAUGUGUGAUAACUUGAUUUUAACUCUAUUUUCAGUUUGAGUCUUAAAAAGAAAAGAGUUCAUUAUCUGACCCAAAUUAUUCCUUCUAAACUGUCAAUAAGUAAGAAAUGAAUCCCCUCUCAAAAGCUCACCAAUUUUUUUCAUAGGCUAUUUUGUUCAUACUGGGGAGAAAAAAUAAAUGGGAGAUGGUUCCUUUCCUUCAAAGUAUAUAUCUUUAUGAGCAUUAUAAAAAAAAAAGGGAGAUGUUCUGUGAGUCUCCAUUAGAGUCUCCCCAGCUAAACUGGUACCAUCACUAAGAGUCUUUUGUGAAAAUUAGAUUCCUUAGUUAAUUGCAACACACUGAAAUGGAAGGAAUUAUUAUGUCUGUAGUAACUACCUCCUUACUACAAGAAUCUGGCAAGCACAGGGCUUGAUGGUGGUACAAUCUAUAUCAGCUUCAGGACAGAGCUCAAGAUUUAAGAUUUAUAAUUGUUUCCUAGUCUGGUUGGAAGCCCAGUUAAGGAGCCAUGAAUGCCACUCUAGAAAGCUGUCUUCAUUAUUCAAUGAGCAACUUUUGUGCAUUCUACCCACCCUGAAAAGGCAAGCAAGAUACUGUCUGUGGGCUAUGUUUCCUGGGUUGGCUGGGUGACUUGCACUGAGGGGCUAGUAAGGUAUGUUGAGAAAGAGUGAAUGGACCGCUACCCUUGAUUUUUGGCAUCAUUUCUUCUUGAACCAACCAAAUAAAAAAUUCUCUAAACAGGCAAGCAGAGAGGGUGUUUUGAAAAUAUAAUUUAGCUUCUUUUCCACCACCGAACUAUUUCUGUCAGAAAUCAACUCCAGAAAUUUAAAUUAAGAACCUUCCUUGUCCAGGCGAGGUAGCUCACGCCUAUAAUCCCAACACUUUGGGAUGCUAAGGUGGGCAGAUCACCUAAGUUCAGGAGUUCAAGACUAUCCUGGCCAACAUGAUAAAACCCUGUCUCGGCCGGGCCAGUGGCUCAAGCCUGUAAUCCCAGCACUUAACCUAUCAGCCAUUGUGGAGGCCAAGGCGGUUGGAUCACGAGGUCAAGAGAUCAAGACCAUCCUGGUCAGCAUGGUGAAACCCCGUCUCUACUAAAAUUACAAAAAAUUAGCUGGGCAUGGUGGCGCGUGCCUAUAGUCCCAGCUACUUGGGAGGCUGAGGCAGGAGAAUUGCCUGAACCUAGGAGGCAGAGGUUGCGGUGAGCCGAGAUCGUGCCAUUGCACUCCAGCCUGGGUAACAAAAGUGAAACUCCAUCUCAAAAAAAAAAAAAAAAAAAACCCUGUCUCUACUAAAAAUACAAAAAUUAGUCAGGCAUAGUGGCAGGUGCCUGUAAUCCCAGCUACUCAGGUGGCUAAGGCAGGAGAAUCGCUUGAACCCAGGAAGCAGAGGUUGCAGUGAGCCAAGAUCACACCACUGCACUCCAGGUGGAGUGACAAGAGAUUCUGUCUCAAAACAAAACUUUCCUAUUUUUCCGCAGUUUAUGAAGCCAGAGACACGUACUAAUCCUGACCAAAGGGAGGAAUAGAAGAAAUAUGGCUUAAUUGAGCUGGCUUGCUGAGAGAACUACUUGUAUCAGCGUAAGGGAAAUCAUAAAUGUUGGCAAGGCUUUGGCCUCAUGGUAUCCUGAAAUCCCAAUGCAGAGGGAGAACAUCCUUGGAUAAGUUGAAAUCCCUGUAGAAAUAAAUAACUUAAAAAAAUUCCUGAAAUGAAGCCCUGCCCAACCAAGCCCAGUAUUAAAAGAAUGAAAGCAAUGACUUUUUCUGAUUGUCUUAGCUAAGAAUCCCAGAAUGUAUGUCAAAAACAAGGGUAUACUACAAACAUCUUGCCCAAGCCUAAGUAACUUAGAUUCAUAAGGGCCCAUACUAGAUGAUGCCUCUACCAAUUAUCAUCCUGUUGUUUCCUAAGAACUUAUCAAGCUGUAGAGACAGCAAUGGCAGUAGAUAGGUUUGCUCAUACGUGGAGUACUAUUUCAUGCUGUUUUGAUGGAGCUAUGUGGUUAUUUAAAGCAAUAAUUAAGGUGCUUUCUCAUUCAUUAGAAAAACAAAACGAGUUCCAAAGUAGAAACUGCCCAAUAAUUUUAAUAUCAUUAAGGCUCCUUCAGCUAACAGACCAUUCUUCCUUUGCUCUCCCCCUACUCCUCCCAUUGCCUCUCUUCUGUCAGCAUCUCCUGUUUCAUCAGUUUGUCCAUCUUAUUUUGUGAAACCAAACUGUCAGAAGAUGCUGAUUUAUUUCCAAGUUAAGUAGGGGAAGACUAGAAUGGACAUAGCAGCUCCUGUCUUAUUUGCUUUAAGGCUGCAAUUUCUGUUCAUUCUCUUGCCCAUGCAUUUUGAAAUUUCAUUGCUCUGCAAAGUUUCCACUGGAACACUGGGUCAAGAAGUCAAAAUGUAGAGAAGCAAACCAAAAAUAUACUCUUUAGAGAGCUCAGUAAUGAAAAUUAUAUCCUACAUAAGGCCAUUAACCAGUUACAACGCAGUACCAGCUAACUAACCUGGGGAAAAAAGACAUCUGCUGGCAGCAUACAAAUUCUAAUCAUAAUAGGUCUCCCAUUUCCACUUCUACCUGGCUCCACAAUUCCCUGCAUUGCCUUUUGUCCUUCUCUUCUUCAGACUCAACUGUUUCCUUAUGCAACUCCAGAAACCCAGUAACCUAUUUAAACAUACCUGCCACCUAACGUAGACAGGUCAGAGAGGUGGGUCCUUCUUCUGGUAUGAUCUCAGGUUCGUCAUAGGAAUAUAGAUAAGCUGUUUCACUUUCUUGGCUUAUUUACUCUCCUGUAAAAAGAGGGAGUUGCAGAUUCUUCCAAGCCAAAUUGAGUAUUUUGAUGGGUUGAAGAAAAAAAGCUCUACAGCGUGUUGUUAAAGGUCAUUGUUUCUCCAUGUUAGUAUCAGUCUUGGCACCCCAUCCCAGGCCUUCUGGUGAGUAGGUAGGGAGACAUUUAAAAAGAGGAGAGUGAGUCUUGGCCCUUGAGGAGAUUAUAAUCUGAAUCGUUUUCCUUGAAAGUCAAGGUAUUUCACAGCACUGAGGGACUUGUCUCUAAGACUAGCUUCUCACCUGAGAAUCCCAUCACACAUCAGGAUGACAUUCCACACUGGUGUUUUUGCAUGUGUAUCCUAUGAAGGCUGUAACCCAUUUCUCAUGGCAGUUGUCUGAAUUCUGCCAAAGCCUCUGCAAGAAUCAGAAAUGCAUCAGAGCAGAACUUGUGAAAUAUCCUUAGAGAAAUAACUGUAAUGACUCCUCCCCGCUUCCCCCUCAAAUUUAGUCAUAAUGAGAAACUUCCAGUAAGAAUUAACAAUGUUUUCCCUGGUGUGUCCCUGUUAUUCCAAGUACAGCUACAGCAGAAAACAUGGGACCAUUCCACACCACCAGGGGGUUUAUCUAAAUCAUACCACUGACUGACUAAACUAACAAAAAGAAGCAAUUUUAUAGAUGUGGCUGGAGUUGGGCCAGCUCUCUCCAUAUUCACCCUCAAACAAGACCUCACCCUGGAAAUGUUUCUGAAAUGCUUCCACACUCCUAUGGCUUCAACACUUCUUAUAUUCAGAAAACACUGUCUUUAUCAACAGGGAGAUUAUAUAUGGUUUGUAUCAGUGGAAUCCAACAGACAAUCAAUUCAAGGUCUGGGAGGAUGGGACACUUAAGCUCAGAUUCUAAACAAAAGGUUCUUUUCCAUAGCAGUUGGAUUUAUCAGAGUUUCUAACGGCUCUUUACUCCCAUCCAAGCUCUGGACAUGAAGUAAGAAAAUGAAAUCACAAAGGAAAUGUGUCAACAGAGCUGUCCCCUCCACAAAAAAGCAGAUGCUCCUGCUUGUCUUGAAGUCCUUUUAUUCCUGACUUAACCACCUGUGCAAACUAGCCAGAUGAGUUGAUGGGACAAGGCCUCCACGACUGUGCUUCAUAGAACCCACUUGGCCUCACCUGUCUCUUCAGUUGGUCUUUGGCAUGACAGGAUCAUGAGCAACAGCAGUGAUGUCAGGAAUGUCUCAGCUACUGCUCUAAGGGCCAGCACAGUACCCCUUCCACUCAGCUCUGGAUGUUGUUCAGAAAAGUGGCACUCUGGUCCCUAUUUAGUGACCCAAGUCUGGUUUAGUGGGUCUCCAGGUAACUGCUAUGUACAUGCUUUGGGAUGAUUUCUUAAUGUUUCCUUAGCCUGGAGAAAGCAUUUUAGUCUUCUUUCAAAGUAUAAAAUGGGCUCAGAAAGAACUAGAAUAUAUUUUAUUACAUAAAACAUCAUAUGUAUACAAAUAUUAUCCCCAUUUUUUCUUUCAGAUUUUUAAUUUCCCUAUACCUGCCUUUCCACCUGCUAUAUAUUAAAUCUAUUAUGGCAAAUUGGUAUACCAUGAAAGCAGGGCAUCAGAAUAAAAACACAGCCCCUUUUCCUACAACAUAGGAGGGGAUAAUAGAAGCACCAAUAUCAUUACCGAAGUGUGAUGUAGUAUGCAACAGGAGGAGGAGGGUGCCAUGGAGAGAGUAGAAAUUAAAUUGUGGAAUGUGAGCAGUAAUGAAUAGAUGAGAUUUUGACAGAUGGGGACAAGAUUCCAGGCAGAAGGAACAGUAUGAGCAAAAAUAUGGAGGUUAAAAAAUAGGCAGCACAUGAAAGGUGAUUAUCCACUUGGAUAAAGCGUAGUGAAUGGAAGACAUGUUUGCAAAGCUAGAUUUAGAUUACAUCGAAAGCUUAAAAUAGAGAAUAAAGGGUCAGGACUCAUUAAGUGCAGCAGUUCUCAAAAGCAAACCAAGGUGCUCCCUCAUAAACAGGAGCUUUCUACCUUCUUUCCAUUAACCAACACCUUCAGCCCGCUCAGAUUUUCCUGUACUUAUUUUGAGAGAACUUAACUUUUCCUUUGUCUCAGAAGUAGCGUACCCACUAGAAAUUCACAUCUUCAAGAGUGUCAGUGUGAACUAGUAAAUACUAGGCAUUUAGUUUGUCAUAGGUAGCCAGCCAUUAGAAAGGAGAUAGGUAUGGUAAAGCUAUGGUUCUACUGUGAGCUCACUAUUCUAUACCGAUUCUGAAAACAUUUUUACCGAGUUGUUUACCAAGGCAAUACUUAGUACAAUGAAGGUGUUUUUAUUGCAUUUUAGGUUUUGGGGUACAUGUGAACAACAUGCAAGAUAGUUGCAUAGGUACACACGUGGCAGUGUGAUUUGCUGCCUUCCUCCCCUUCAGCUAUAUCUGGCAUUUCUCUCCAUGCUCUCUCUCCCCAGCUCCCCACCUCGUGCUGUCCCUCCCCUAUUCCCCCCAACAGAUCCCAGUGUCUAGUGUUCCCCUCCCUGUGUCCAUGUGUUCUCAUUGUUCAACACCCGCCUAUGAGUGAGAACAUGCGGUAUUUCAUUUUCUGUUCUCGUUCUACUACAAGGACACAUGCACACGAAUGUUUAUUGCAGCACUGUUUACAAUAGCAAAGACCUGGAAUCAACCCAAAUGCCCAUAAAUGAUAGACUGGACAGGGAAAAUGUGGCACAUAUACACCGUGGAAUAUUAUGCAGCAAUCAAAAACGAUGAGUUCAUGUCCUUUGUAGGGACAUGGAUGAACCUGGAGAACAUCAUUCUCAGCAAACUGACACAAGAACAGAAAAUGAAGGUAUUUCUAAAGAGCUUUUGCUCUAAAUAUUUCCUUUUAUUGAUCUAAUUGAAAUACUAAACAGACCUGAGGGAAACACAGUCUAGCACAUCCUUUUUUACACCCUCAACUGCAUCUGAAAUUACUUCUCCCAACAGUGUCUCUAUUCAAAGCAUGAAACUCAGGUACAUAAAGAAAAAAGGCAUAGAGAGGGGGGAAAAAAGGCCAAAUAUGAGUAGAAAAAAAAUAGACAAACAUGUAACUGAUUGCUAUUAAGUCAUUGCUAGUCCAAGUACGAAAAAGGAAGUUUCUUUCACAAAAGGUUACGCGUCUUAAGUAAAUCCUUUGAAGAGACACUCUGGGGAAAGGAAAAGUUAGUAUAACCUACCAUGGUAAAUUAAAGAUUGCCUCAAAUCUUUUUUAAAAUUGGUAUUUACAUAUCAAGUAAGCAGUUUGCUAAACCCAACUUUUUCCAUUAGAUAUAUUUCUACCUCAUCUAAAAGCAUACCAUGCUCAACAUGUCAAUUUAGUCUGAAUGGUAUAGAAAAGGCUAAAAAUUUUACUUCCCAUAGGGUACUUCACAGCGUUUUAAAUUCAUACUACUUCCUAUUUUAAUGGUUCAAUCUUCCAAUACUUAGCCAUUAUAUCUUCAACACUAACAGUUAAAAUGAUAUGGGUAAAUUAAAUCCUAAAGAGGUCCAACCUGCUUAGUAUAUUGAAUGGACAUAGAUAAAAUACCUACUCAAUGUGAUUCUUGUGUAUAUUAGACAAAAAGUUAGUGCAAUGUUCUCAAAAGAAAAAAGAAAAAAAACGAAACAGCUUGAGUUCUACUUUCAAAACAAACAUAGCAGAGACUUCAGUGGCCUCCAAGUAUGUCUGACAAACUGGAUAAAACAUAUCUUCAGCUGUUUUGGACUUGAAAUGGACAAAGUGAAACCACAAAGUGACCAAGACAAAAACCCUAAUACUUUUAUGCUCUCUUGAUAUUCCAAGACUGCCAAAGGAGAUUCCCGUCUCAUUGUUUAGAUCAGCACCACAGUAGACUUGUUGAUUAAAAAUCACCCUAUCUAGAAUUGAUGCAAAUUACUGCAAUAACUUGUAGAGCAUUUAGGGUGAAGAGUGGUUGGUACAUGAUUAGAAUACUCAGUGACCGUUAACUUCACAAGUGUUCAAGCAUACCACAGUGCUUCCAAAUCACAAAUUACCUGGUCCUCUCGCCUAGGAUGGGUCAUCUACGGAGACCUCAUUCUCAAACUUGACUGGCCUAGGGAAACUGGCCUAGGGAAAUUGAAUUACCUUGCAGCCACAGUUGUAAACACACUGGAGCCACACUUGAAAACUGGUGAUGAACAGGACAGAGAGAUACCAAUUCAUUGCUAAGACAACAUUAAUCACAAAGUUGUAUUUAAUUUAAAACAUUCCAAAAUGAGUUUAAGAUUACAAAAUAAAUGCAGUCACUGGGGGAAGGAGUUAUUUUAUUUGUACACUCUAUCUUAAAUUUAGCAACUUUUCAUUUUGACUCAGGAUUCACUAACUUAAGAUGGGCUAUUUUCUGCCAACAGGACACGAGUGUGAAAUCUCAGAGUCCCACCCAACCUUGCCAAAGCGAAUGACUUCUGCAUUAAAUGGAAGUCUUUCCCAAAGGACUUGCCCUUAAUGUUUUUCCCAUUUUGCCCACUUAGAUAUCUGCACAAAAGAUGUACCCUUUGUCUUAAAAGUUCCCUGGUUUGAUGUUUACGCAGAAGAGUAAAUCCCGGGUUAUUAUUCUGCAAAUGAUUUUACAUUUCCUUUAUUCCAAGAAUGUAGCUACCAACUUAAAUAUAUUAUGACACACAAGGGGUAAAAGUUAGAUACAAACAUCUAAGAGCUAGGGCAUGUUUCCUGAAACACUUUGGUUCAUUAGUACAUUAUUUAAGAAGUUACCUUAACCCCAAAGAAUCUAAGAAGGGCACCGUGUAAUUCUUCAGGUCACAAUGCCAACAUGACUAUGGAGUCUGUUACAGGUAAGGCAACCACAAGUUACAAUUCUACUUGCUUAGCUGGGCAGUGUGAAUUAGCUAAGCAACACAGUGCUAUGAUGGAAGAGGUUCAAGAUGAUUCAUGCUUUCAUGCCAGACCAUAAGUCACAAGCCCACAUAGCAGCGACUCUGACAGCUAGCCAAAGUAGAAGAGAUUUCUAAAAAGUGGACUGGGACAUUUUAAUUAAUUGGUCUGGAAAAUUAAGUCAGAAUUACAAAGUUCCUUAUUCUUAUGAAGAAGAAAAUGUGAUAGUAUGUCUUUUAUAUGGAAAUUUCUUUGUAUAUAUGUAUAAACUUGGUAUGGCCUUAAUGCUGCAUUUAAGGAUUUGUUUGGCUACCACCUUGAGCAGCGUGUUAAGCAAUCGCUUCCUUAAUGUAACAUUUUUACUUCUUACUGGACACUCAACCUUGAACAACUAAUUCCCUUUGCCCCUUAUUCUUUCCCCCCCCUUUUUUUUUUUUUUGCAUGAAGUCAUAAAAGUUAUGGCAGUUUUUUGGCUUAUAAAAAAAAAUCUAUUUCUGCAGUUUGAAGAUGGAAUGUAAAAUUUCUGUGAAACAUGUAUAUAAAAGUAUAUUUAUUGAACCAUCCAUAUACACAUAUCCAUGCUGAUUCCAAUGGAAAAAAAUUAAAGUUUUCUGAAAUUUUCUGUG